UAUUACAAAGCGUGUGUAAUAAAUAAUUUUUCUAAACUAUUAAAUUAUCCUACUACAUUCAUUUCCUUUUAAGGAUUCUGCCUUUCUUAAAUAUAAACCUUUGUAUGUGUAUGCAAUGGAAUUCUUAUUAUCCAGGUCUACUAUAUAGAUGAAGGAAAUUUGUUUAUCAUUGUUCACUCGACUAGUUGAUAUAGAUAUACGUGUAAGCACUGGUUUUAUUCCAUAUAUUCGGCUAUGAAGAUACUGGUAACGUUUUUUGUUUUAAUUUCACUAGGAAAAGAAAUACAAACGUGCCAAGAGGGAGACUGCAUAAAACUUGAAAGAUAUACAUACAGUAACUCUGAACCUAGCGUCGAUUUAGAAUGCAGUAUUAAUGUUCCAGGUGCGCGACCAAGAUCGUGGAUACAUUCUUUUAAAUCGAAGUUUAUUCGUAAAUUAUGGGGAAGAGUGUUCAAUAAUACACGUCAUGUAUUAUCUAUACCUUUUUGUAGUACUAUGGAUAUAGGUCAAUACACCUGUUUUUGGGAUAUGCCUGGAAAUCCCUCCAUCAACAAGACGACAACACUUAUAGUUAAUGGUCCUGCAAUUGUUUCAUCUCAUCUUGUAUACACACGGACAACUUGGACUGAAAUGAAUUUGAAAGUGAUGUUUUACUCUCAUCCAAUUCCUACACAGCUACAAUGGUAUGUCAACGACAAAGAAAUUAAACCAGGACCAAAGUACUCACAACCGAUUUACUUUGAAAAAGUAUCACUGCGAUUACACCAUAACAUACAUGUAAACAUUUCUGGAUAUACAGCCUACCUUACUAUUUAUAAAGAUACCUAUGAUCCUGCAGGUGUUUAUCGAUGUGUUAUAGAAAAUAAAUAUGGAACAACGGAAGAAAUUAUCAACGUCAAAGAAGAAAUGAUGCUACAGAAAACAACUAAGGAAUCAGUAGCCAUCAUUGGUGCUGUAUUGGGUGCCGCAUUAUCUUCAAUUUUGUUUGUUGUUCUACUAUGUUGCGUUAUUUUUGUAAAGAAAAUGCGGCGAAAAAAUACAGCCAAGAAGACAGAUUCACCGGAACUAGAAGUGAAUGGACUAUAUCAAGACUCCUCCUCUGAUGGCUACAUGUAUAUAGAUGAUUGUCUUACCGACAUUUCAAGUACAUAUUCUGAGUAAAAUAUUGUAAAAAUAGUUUUUACAAAGUCGUGUAGUAUUGAUAUGAUCAACCUGAACUAUACAAAUUUAUUUCAGUACUCUCUCAGUAAUGAAGGCUAUCAAUGGUAGAAGCCCUUCAUGUCAACCUACAGUUUAUUCAUUAUACCUGUAUGUUUGCAAAAUUGUAUAUAGAAUAAACCACAUAUUACAAACAUUAUUAAGGACUAGAAUUGAGAGUAUAAACUCAUGUUUACCUGUAAAACGUUUGUGUAAUUUUA